CCCCCCGCCCCUCCCCCGCCCCUCCCCCUGCUCCCAAGAUGGCGGCUGCCGGCGGCGCCCCGGUGCGGCUGCGGCUGCAGUUCGAUUUCCCGCCGCCGGGCAGCCCGGGCUGCGCGCUGUGCUGGCUGCUGCUGGAACCCGGCCAGGCGCGCCUCGUCACCGACCUCCUCAGCAUCAUCCGCCACCGCUUCGGCUUCAGCCGCCGGGCCCGCCUCAGCCUCUUCUUGGAUGGAGCGCUGCUGCCGCCCACCGAGAGCGCCCGCCUCGUGCGGGACAACGACGCGCUGCGAGUUACGCUGGAGGAGAUCGCAGCGGAGGGGUGCGAAGAAGUGGACGAUGAUUUCUACGCACCAAAAGAUGACAAAAAAAGGCACAAACGAAGGCAGAAGGAGCAAGCGUUCUCCAGAAGCGGAGAAGAAAGACAUCAAAGGGAAAAGAAAAAGAAUAAACGUAACCCGGAGCGUUCCUCCGGUACAGAGGACACCGCUGGGGAUGUUUCUGACACUCGGAAAAAAUCCAAGAAGAGAAAGAGAAGGGAAGAAAACUGCGGGAGAAGCAGAGUCCCCGAGGGGAAGGAGGGCAGUGCCGACAGGGCCCAAAAGCUCCGGAAGGUGGAGAGGGAGGAGCGGCCGGCAGCCAAAGCCAAGCAGGGAGAGCGGGCAGCGGGCCCCACGGCGAAGGCGGCCCAUGGACAGGUGAACUGUGCAAAGAGCACCUCCAAAAAACUGACAGCAGAGUCCCAGAAGCAGAGCCUGGGAACGUCGGAGUCCUCCAGCACAUCGUCCGACAGCGACAGCACUGAAUCAAACGUCAAGCAAAGUAAAUCUUCCCACAGACCCGCAGCGGCAGCGCUUCCCAGAGACAAAGCCCAAGCCACCGUGGCCGCUGUUGCUUGUAAUCAAAUGACUGCAAAGUCUAAUGCUGAACGUUGCAGUAAGACUGCAGUUAGUAAAACCACUAAGAAAUCGCAGUCCUCCAGUUCAGAUUCGGACUCAAGUUCAGAGGAUGAAAGAGCGGCACCGGCACAGGGCAGUACCACAAAGCAGGCGCUGCCCAGCAGCGCAGCAGCAUCACAGACUGGUGCCACUGGUGCUCCCAAAGCAAGGACCUCCUCCUCCGAGUCUGACAGUUCCGAUUCGGAAGCACUCGUCAUUAAGAAACCCGCAGCCAACGCUGGACUGAGUAAUUCCGUAGCAAGAAACGGUUCCAAACAGUCUCCAGCUGGAAUCCAAGGGCCGGCUGCCGGCCCGGGGCGCGGGAGGGGGCGUGCAGCGGGAGAGGGGAACUUCUGGAGAGGACCGAGGGGCCGCGGGUUCCGGGGGAUGAUGAGGGGCCGGGGCAGAGGAGAAAGCCCUGGUUUCUUCUAUUGCUACAGCAGCAUAGGCCAGAAACAGAGUCCGUUACACGAAGCUGUGACAAACACUUCUGUUCCUGUCCAGAAUGCUGUGGAUGUCCCCAAGAGAGACUACAGCGUACUACCACUUCUAGCUGCCCCACCACAAGUGGGAGAAAGAAUUGCCUUCAAGCGCUUGGAACUAAAUGAGAACUACAGUCCUGAAGUUUCAUGCUAUAAGGAGGGCAGAAUAAUCAGUUGGAAUGCUGAUAAAAAACAGAUCGAGCUUGAGAUCCUUUCAUCGUCAGCAAGCCAAAUUGCUAAAGAGCCAGGGAAAUUUGAUCUGGUUUACCAGUCUGCAGAUGGGGCUGAGCUGAUAGAGUACGCUGUUCCUCAGGAUACAAAGAUAACUGAAAACUGGGAUUCGCUGAUCGAGCCCAGAUUGAUUGUUGAGCCUCCAGUUAACGGACCAGGCAUCGAAAACAGAGCAAUGUGAGAUGUGGACCCGUGUAAAUACUUGUAUGGACUCGUUUCGUGAAGAACUGCCUUCUAGUUCUGAGGGCAGCAGAUGCACUGGUGGUUAUUUUUCAUAAAUGGUUUUAAAAUAAACACUCUUUUCUUAAGAUACGGUUUUGUGUUAAUACAAGAAUGCUUUGUUUAUUAUAGAUUUAAUAUAGAUUUGAUUUUUUUGGAUAGAAUCUUAGUUUUUAUAUUCUACUUCUGUGAGCUGCAAAACUGGAAUGGUUUGAUAAAAAAAAAUAUGACCUCGUACUGCGUUGGUAGCUCCUAUGUCUUGUUUUGUCUAGAGCAGUAUAACUGCUAUACAGAGGUAUAGCUUGCUGUAAGGAUAAUUAAAAACCACCUUU